CCUGAAGCCGCGGGGGCGCGCCCCAGCCGCCAUGUCGGAGGUGCGUGGAGAGCCGGGGUCCGGAACUGAGGCCGGCGCCCGAUUCUUCUGCACCGCGGGUCGCGGCCUGGAGCCGUUCCUGAUGCGCGAGGUGCGGGCGCGGCUGGCGGCCACGGAGGUUGAAUAUAUUUCAGGAAAGGUUUUUUUCACCACCUGUUCUGAUUUGAAUAUGUUGAAGAAAUUAAAAUCUGCCGAAAGAUUAUUUUUGCUGAUUAAAAAGCAGUUUCCACUUAUUUCUUCUGUAAGUAAAGGAAAACUACUUAACGAAAUGCAAAGACUUAUAAAUGAAGAUCCAGGAAGUUGGUUGAAUGCCAUUUCAAUCUGGAAAAAUCUUCUUGAACUUGAUGCAAAAAAGGAAAAACUUUCUCAGAGAGAUGAUAACCAACUAAAAAGAAAAGUGGGAGAAAAUGAAAUCAUCAUUGCAAAGAAAUUAAAAAUAGAACAAAUGCAAAAGAUAGAAGAGAAUAGGGACUGCCAGCUGGAAAAACAAAUAGAAGAAGAAACUCUGGAGCAAAGAGAUUUUACCACUAAAAGUGAAAACUUUCAAGAAGAAGAAUUUCGGAAUGACAUAGAGAAAGCAAUUGAUACUCAUAAUCAGAAGGACUUGACUUUCAGAGUAUCUUGUCGCUGCAGUGGAACUAUUGGAAAGGCCUUAACUGCACAGGAGGUAGGAAGAGUAAUUGGAAUUGCUAUUAUGAAACACUUUGGAUGGAAAGCAGAUUUGAGGAAUCCAAAAUUAGAGAUCUUUAUACAUCUAAAUGACGUUUACUCUGUGGUGGGGAUUCCUGUGUUCAGGGUUCCUUUAGCCAGCAGAGCUUACAUCAAGACAGCUGGACUGCGAUCUACCAUAGCGUGGGCAAUGGCAUCUCUCGCUGACAUUAAGGCUGGUGCAUUUGUUUUAGAUCCAAUGUGCGGACUUGGAACAAUACUUUUGGAAGCUGCUAAAGAAUGGCCAGAUGUGUAUUAUGUAGGUGCUGAUGUCAGCGACUCACAGUUACUAGGUACUUGGGACAAUCUGAAAGCUGCAGGCCUUGAGGAUAAAAUCGAAUUACUUAAAGUCUCUGUUAUAGAAUUGCCAUUGCCUUCAGAAAGUGUUGAUAUUAUUAUUUCUGACAUUCCAUUUGGGAAAAAGUUUAAGUUAGGAAAAGACAUCAAAAGCAUUCUACAAGAAAUGGAAAGGAGUACUAGAGGCUGGACAGCUUGUAAAGAAAACAGGUUUACUUGGCUCGUGAUUCCGCAGUCUGUAAAAGAAGCACAGUGCCAGCAUCUGCUCAGUUUGUGAUGAGGGCCCGAGGGUGCUUCCACUCAUGUCAGAAGGCAAACCCAGUGUGCAGAGAUCACAUGGCAAGAGAGGAAGCAAGAGGAAGAAGGGCGAGGUGCCAGGCUCUUUUUAACAACCAGCUUUCCCUAGAACUAAUAGAGUGAGAACUCACUCAUCGCCCCUCACAGGGAGGGCAUUAAUCAAUUCAUGAGAUAUCUGCCAACGUAACCCAAACACUUCCCAUUAGGCCCCAUCUCCAACACUGGGGAUCAAAUUUCAACAUGAGGUAUAGUGGGACAAACAUCCAAACUAUAGCAGCUGUGAAAUGAAAAUGUGAAAGUAUUCAUCUUAUGGUUUCUAAUGACGUAAGGGAAUAUAAUUCAAUGGAAGCAUUUCUUUGAGAGGUUGAAAUAAUGAGGCAUGGAUAUGCAUUUUUCUCAUCGUCUAAAUUGGUAAAGAAGAGAACCUAGAAUGCAUAUAGUUAUGAAUGGACAUGAAUAUAAGAGUUCAGUUGAUAUUAAAUUGUUUAGGUGGGCAUUUGAUAACAUAAAUGUCAAGAGCCUGCUGUGUAAAUAAUGGGUCACCAAUUUAAAAUAUGAGCCAUGUGUUUUAGAUAGAGAAAAUUCUAGGCAUCUUGCCAUGUAUAUAUGUACAAAAAGAUACAUGUUUUCUACUCUACAUAAAUGGGAUUAUCCUUAACUUACUAUACUGUAACAUUGCUUUUUUUCUACUCAGCAGUGUCAUGAAUCUCCUUUCUGAUCAGUUGUUAUAAUAUAAAUUAUAAUUUUCAGUGGUUGCCACAUUAUAUGUAUGUACCAUUAUGCAACCAGUGCUUAUGGAUUGGUAUUUAGAUAAUCCUCAAUUUUUUAUUUUAAUAAAAAACUAUUCUUUGAACAUCCUUGCAUGGUUUUUCAAACUUAACUGUACGACCAAGCACCACAGUACCAGUUUCUUCAUCUGCAAAAUGACAAUGCUAUAGAACAUACUUAGAAAGAUAAUUCUGAAGGUUAAAUGAUAUAUAAUACAGAGCAUUUCCAACUGAUGGCACAUAUUAAAUCCUCAAUAAAUAUUAGCUGUAUCACCAUUAUUAUCGCUAUUAUUCUACUACCACUUCUACUGUUACGUUUUCUUAGGAUAAUUUCCUAGAAGUGAGAUUGCUGGGUCAAAGGUUAUGCACAUUUCAUAUUUUUGAUACAUUAUUGCUAAACUGUUGCCCCAAAAAGUUAUUUCAGUUGAUGUCUUCAGGAGUACUCAUUUUCCCAUCCACUUCCUCCUUGCUCAGUAGAAGAGGUUUCCCUCUUCCUGUGAGGGUUUAUCCUCUCAGUUCCUUCCUCCUCAAGGAUCACACUCUGCCCACUUCUCAUUUUUAUCUUCUGCCUACUCAUCUGCUGGUUCUUUCCAGGAGAUUCAUUUAUCCUUUCCCCAGACACGUUUGGAAGUCUUUGCAUCUCCUAUGCACUUCCAUGUACUUGGCCCUGGGGAUUACUGCAGUGAAUAGGACAGGCAAGGUCUCUGCCCAUUCAUUGUGAGAAGACAGAUGGUUAAUCAGUAAACAAACUGGAUAAUAUCAGAUCAUGACUGGUACUGUGAUGGACAUAAAACAAAAUGUUUUGCUUUAGAGUGAGAGAAAAGUAGUGGUUACCCUAGCUAGGUAGUCAGGAAAGGCCUCUCUGGGAAAGUGGUAUUUGACUGUGGGACAUGAAUGAUGAGCGUGAGUGAUAAAUGCGGGGUGAACAGCAAGUCCAAAUGUCCUAUGGUGAGAAGCAGCUUGGUGAGUUUGAGCAGCUGAAGGAGGUCAGUAAGCAAAGAAAGCAGGCUGUGACAUCAGAAAAGUAGGUGAGGGUCAGAUUGCGUAGGAACCUUGGUUGCCAGAGUAAGGGGGUUAGAAUGUAUUUGAAGUACAGUGCGAGCAACUGAGGAGUUAGAGAAUUUACAUUUGUCUUCUGUGUGGAAAUGGAAGACAGAGUGGGAGGGGCGACAAGAAUGGAAACAAGACCUGUCUACCAGAUUGUUGCUGUGGUCCCAGCAAACUAU